AUGCUGAUGGCUGAACGAUACGCGAGAGACAAUAAUGGAAUGGAACAAGCGAGCCGAGUGGGACGCGUGGAGCGUGAGGAGCGUGAAGAGCGCGAUAGAGAUUCUCUGCGGAACAAGAGUUUCCCAACAGAGCCCGUCCAGAUCAUCGGUGGACGGAAGCGACGAACUUUGUCAUCGGCGACGCAUGAAACUACGAUAAGCCUGACCCCGUCGAUGUGGUCUGUUAUGUCACAGGUGCAAAGUCGUGGGAGAUCCAAAAGCGAGUGGAGCCGGAGUAGCGGUACUAGCCUUGGUGGAAGUCUCGGUGGAAGUCUCGGUGGAAGUCUCGGUGGAAGUCUUGGUGGCAGUUACAAAAGUUUGAGAAGCAGCGACCGACGAAGCCGGUUUUCAUUGACGGAAUCCGAGAAUUCGUAUCGAUCCCAUGAUGAAACGAUUUCUGGCUGGUUUGAUGCCCUCACGGGGGUGCAUGCGCGACGCCACGAGCGUAAUGGACCAGAAGAUCCGCUCUCUGGAGCUCAGAUUCCCGACAUCCAUGAGGCGUUUUUAGCCGACGUGUCACCGCCCAAGCGAUCAGAACCGCCCGUACGGAUUUUCAAUUUGCAAGAUCUGAACCUGGCUGACGAGUUUGCGCCCAAGGAUUUGCUACAGGUCUUCCCACCCGUUUUUCAGCGACGUCGUUUGCGUGACUUGCGUCGUACGUCUGUUGAUCUGACAAUUGAUGCCGCGAAACGCGUUGGGCGCGCCCAACUGUCGCAGAACCUGCGGCAGCGGCCCGUGCCACUCGCGUAUGAACAAGACAGCGUCGAAAUGGAGUCAUGGCCCGAAAACAGCGGUAACAAGAACCCCAAGGACGUUGCGCAAACGUCACCAGAACGCUUGGAUGUCGUCCCCGAGCCCUAUACGGAACAACCGGUACGGCGUACGCGCCAGCAGCGGCUGAACCCGAAUUUUCUGCGGCUGUACGCGAUGGAAACCUCUGGCAAGAUAUACAAUACGAUCCCAGACCUGAACGUCGACGAGCACGUUCUGGCCGGGCUUUCAUUCAGCGACAUCUGGGCUCUGGAUAUCCCGGACUCGAUCAGCGCCGCGAGCCUGUCACGGCCCGUUAGCGGCUACGAGAUCAAGCUUGCACUCAUCACACGUAAGAAACUUUGGUCCCAAAUGGUCGCUGCACCUCGUGCGGAUCUCCAGGGCGCCAGUGCCCCGUGGACGAUCCCAUUUUCGCGCACGGACGACGACGCCCCGUUGCAACAGGGCGUCGAAUCGCUGGUGCGCGUCAACUCGGACCUAAAGCCCUGGACUGCCCAUUCUACUGCAUCGCCCAUGCUACGACCCUGUGGCCGUAUCGUACUCACUAAGUUCCGUCCAGGCCAUCCUACCAAGGAGCUACAAUACGUGGUCAAGGGCUGGAGCGAUUCGCGCUUCAGCAUGUGA